AGCCAAGAGCUCUCAGACUGCUCAAACUUUCCUCGUCCUCCCGCAGGCUUCACUGUCUUCUCAAACCACUUGAAUUCUCGUUCAAAUCCUUUUUCUUUGAUUCUGCAGAUGAUAAUUCAAAUUCCAAUUCCGAAUUUGAUUCUAUUUCCAAAUCCGAAUCCGCCGGUGAGGAAACGGGUUGGAGUUUUCUCGAAGCUCUUUCCAUCGGAUCCAAACAGAAGACGGAAAAGGAUGAAAGCUCCAAUUCUCAAUCUGUUCAUCCUAUGAGUGAAAAGAGCUUGGAAAUGUGCACUGAAAAUUUAGGAAACGAGACAGGGAGUGAGGAAACGAUGAGCGAAUGCUGGACGAUGGAGAAGACGAAGACAAUUCCGAUAAGAGAGAAAUCAAAAAGAUUGGGUCAAUCAAAAACACUGCCGAGCUUUCCACCACCUCUGACAACAAUAAGAGGACCAGAAUGUCUUCGAAUUAGGGCUCACAGGGAAGACGGAAGGCUUUUGAUAAAAGCCAUCGCGAGUCCAGUCAAACAUAGUUGCUUUCAAGCACAGCGGAGCGAUGGCCGCCUUCGUCUCAGCCUUUUCAAAAUUUCGGAAAUGGAAGGGGAAUUUCAGUGUGAGAAUUGCAGAGAAGAAGCGGAAGAAGAAGAAGGAGAAGAAGAAGGAGAGGAAGAAAAGUACAGAAGAGAACAUGGAAGGUGCAGAGAAGGAUUGUUAAAUUUGGAGAGUUUUCGGGUGGCUGCAUCUUAAAGUUUUGAUUUUGGAAUCUCUCUUUACCCAUAACGACAUUUCUAUAAUUUCGAGUCUUUUGUCAUUUUAA